CACUGGAUAAGUGGCUUUAAAUCUGUUAAAGCAGAUGGAACGUUAUUGACUGCGUCUUUCCUUCAGAUUUCCUCUGAAGCUAAUCCAUCAUUAUGAACAUGUGGCUCAGCACUCUGCUCUUUGCCUCGUUGCUUCUGACCAGCUCAGCUCUUACAACUGAAGAAUGCCAGCCGCUGGUUUCACCCAUCUCUCUGGCCGACCCGUCCGUGAUGUACGGAAAAAUGAAUUUACUUGCGGGUUACACGGAUCAUGACUUUUAUAGACUCAUGUUGAAGAUAACCGAGAGCUCCUGGGUGAACAGUACAGCGUCGCCGGCAGGCAACGCUCAUGUUGUUAUGGAACAGGCAAGCAAGAUGAACGGAACCUGCAUUAAAUACGCACUUACCAUGAAGAUAGAGGGCGACACCAUAAAAGCCUCACAACUUAACAUGACGUCUGAAUUUCAAGUGCUCCCGAGCUGUGAUGGCUGCUUGGUCUUCAUGAUAAACAACACUGCCAAAAACAUCAAAAAUCUCCUUCACGUCAUGAAAUUGAGCAACCUGGAAUUGCCUGAGGAAAUCAGUGCUCGCUCUCUGUACAUUUUAGGCAAAGGCCAGACCCUGACGGAGUCAGAUUUGGAGCAUUUUAAGAAGCAGGCGAGCUGCCUCGGCUUCUCUGGAGAACUAGACUUCCUCUUCAAUCCUGAGAAAGAUUUAUGCAAAGAAGACGAAGGCAUCAGGUUGCCUUUUUCUGAGUAGAUGAGACGUUUGCAGGGAUGCCCUCCACCUACAGCUAAUUUGCAGAAUGCCAAAAGUCAAAAUGUGUCUUCCUAACACAACAUGCACUUUUAAGAGAGAAAAAUAGGUGAAACAAGGAAAAUUAAACUGAUCAAUAAAUUUGUAAUCUUUGUGCUCGUGCAACUGUGUUACCCCCAAUCCCCCUCCCCAUAAAAGGAAUAAAAAACACUUUAAGAAA